CGCGCCGCCUCCAGCUCAGAGACCCGGCUUUAAAGAGACAGGCGCUACAACCGUCGUGGGCUGCCGGUGGCCUUUGGGCGCCGGGUCCCGGGGCCUGUGGAGUGUAACGGAACCCGGAAGGCAGCUGUAUGACUUUGACUUUCAAGAUCCUCUUCUCAUCAACCCUCUGUGCAUUCAGCCGAAAAGAACUCUGCCUGUUCCGAAAACAUCAUCCGCCUAACAUAAGACAAUUCAGCCAGUGGUCAGAUACAGAUCUGCUUCAGGGGCACUGCUUCCCCCAGAGAAGAAAGCCUGCUCUGUCAUUCCAGGGAGGCAAAUUAAGGCCCUGUGUCUCCUGCCUUGUUUUCUUGCCAGGGUCGCAUGUGGGACUGUGCAGUGGUCCCAGUAAGAUGGCUGAGCAGCGCUUCUGUGUGGACUAUGCCAAACGUGGCACAGCUGGCUGCAAAAAAUGCAAGGAAAAGAUUGUGAAGGGUGUAUGCCGAAUUGGCAAAGUGGUACCCAACCCCUUCUCAGAAUCUGGGGGUGAUAUGAAGGAGUGGUACCACAUUAAAUGCAUGUUUGAGAAACUGGAACGUGCCCGGGCCACCACAAAGAAAAUCGAGGACCUCACUGAACUGGAAGGCUGGGAGGAGCUGGAAGAUAAUGAGAAGGAACAGAUAAGUCAGCACAUUGCAGAUCUGUCUUCUAAAUCAGCGAGCACACCAAAGAAGAAAGCCGUUGUUCAAGCUAAGUUGACAGCCACUGGCCAGGUGACAUCUCCAACAAAAGGCACCUCAUUUGUCAGCAACACCAAUCCCCGGAAGUUUUCUGGCUUUUCAGCCAAGCCCAACAAUUCUGGGGAAGUCCACUCAAGCCCUCCCCUUCAGACAAGUCUGUCCUCAAGCAAGUGUGACCCCAAGCACAAGGAUUGUCUGCUACGAGUAUUUCGGAAGUUGUGUGCCAAUGUGGCUGAAAAUCCUAGCUACAACACAAAGACGCAGAUCAUCCAAGACUUCCUACGGAAAGGCUCAGCAGGAGACGGUUUCCAUGGCGAUGUAUACCUAACAGUGAAGCUGCUGCUGCCAGGUGUUAUUAAGAGUGUUUACAACUUGAAUGAUAAGCAGAUUGUGAAGCUUUUCAGCCGCAUUUUUAACUGCAACCCUGAUGAUAUGGCACGAGACCUAGAGCAGGGUGAUGUGUCAGAGACAAUCAGAGUCUUCUUCGAGCAGAGCAAGUCAUUCCCCCCAGCUGCCAAGAGCCUCCUUACCAUCCAGGAGGUGGAUGAAUUCCUCCUGCAGCUCUCCACGCUCACCAAAGAGGAUGAGCAGCAACAGGCCCUGCAGGACAUCGCCUCCAGGUGUACAGCCAAUGAUCUCAAGUGCAUCAUCAGGUUGAUCAAACAUGAUCUGAAGAUGAACUCAGGUGCAAAACAUGUGUUAGAUGCCCUCGACCCUAAUGCCUAUGAAGCCUUCAAAGCCUCGCGCAAUUUGCAGGAUGUGGUGGAGCGGGUCCUCCGUAAUGAGCAGGAGAAGGAGCCAGGCCAGAGGCGAACUCUGAGUGUUCAGGCCUCACUGAUGACUCCUGUGCAGCCCAUGCUGGCUGAGGCCUGCAAAUCCAUCGAGUAUGCAAUGAAGAAAUGUCCCAACGGCAUGUUCUCUGAAAUCAAGUAUGAUGGGGAGCGAGUCCAGGUGCAUAAGAAUGGGGACCACUUCAGCUACUUCAGCCGCAGUCUCAAGCCUGUCCUGCCUCACAAGGUGGCGCACUUUAAGGACUAUAUCCCCCUGGCUUUCCCUGGGGGCCAUAGCAUGAUUCUGGACUCGGAGGUGCUCCUGAUUGACAACAAGACAGGCAAACCAUUGCCCUUUGGAACUCUGGGAGUACACAAGAAAGCUGCCUUCCAGGAUGCUAAUGUCUGCCUGUUUGUUUUUGACUGUAUUUACUUCAAUGAUGUCAGCUUGAUGGAUAGGUCCCUGUGUGAACGACGGAAGUUUCUUCAUGACAAUAUGGUUGAAAUUCCUAACCGGAUAAUGUUCUCGGAAAUGAAGCAAGUCACGAAAGCUUCGGAUUUGGCUGACAUGAUAAACCGGGUGAUCCGUGAAGGCUUGGAAGGGCUGGUGCUGAAGGAUGUGAAGGGUACUUAUGAGCCUGGGAAGCGGCACUGGCUGAAAGUGAAGAAAGAUUAUUUGAAUGAAGGGGCCAUGGCUGACACAGCUGACCUAGUGGUCCUUGGGGCCUUCUAUGGACAAGGAAGCAAAGGCGGCAUGAUGUCCAUCUUCCUCAUGGGUUGCUACGAUCCAAGCAGCCAGAAGUGGUGCACAGUCACCAAGUGUGCUGGAGGCCAUGAUGACGCGACGCUAGCCCGCCUGCAGAAGGAACUGGACAUGGUGAAGAUCAGCAAGGAUCCCAGCAAGAUACCCAGCUGGCUGAAAGUGAACAAGAUCUACUAUCCUGAUUUCAUCGUCCCAGACCCAAAGAAAGCUGCCGUGUGGGAGAUCACAGGCGCUGAAUUCUCAAAAUCUGAGGCUCACACUGCUGAUGGGAUUUCCAUCCGAUUCCCUCGCUGCACCCGGAUCCGUGAUGAUAAAGACUGGAAGUCUGCCACCAACCUGCCCCAACUCAAGGAACUGUACCAGCUGUCCAAGGAGAGGGCAGACUUCACUGUGGUGGCUGGAGAGGAGGGGAGUUCCACCGCAGGGAGCAGCAGUGGAGAGAACGAGGGCACCUCAGGGCCCAGUGUGUCCCGCAAGGCCUCUGGAACCUCCCCCAGUGCCAAGAAAGCGGGAGGGAAGCUGAACAGCCCCAGCAGCAAAGGCGGCAACACACUGGCCGCAAAGCCUUCCCCUGUGAAACUGGGAGAGAGGCAGGCUGUGAAGUCUUCUCCUGUGAAAGUGGGGCAGAAGCGGAAGGCUCCUGACGAGACUCCUUGUCAGACGAAGGUGCUGCUGGACAUCUUCACUGGGGUGCGGCUCUACCUGCCACCCUCCACACCAGACUUCAGUCGUCUCAGACGCUAUUUUGUGGCAUUCGAUGGGGACCUGGUGCAGGAAUUUGACAUGGCCUCAGCCACACAUGUGCUGGGUAGCAGGGACAAGAAUCCUGAGGCCCAGCAGGUCUCCCCAGAGUGGAUUUGGGCAUGUAUCCGGAAACGGAGAUUGGUCGCCCCCUGCUAAGGGUGCUGCCUCCCCCACCUUUGGGUCAUUCUUUCCCUACCCCGUUGCUAGUCACUGGGCUGGGCUGGAGCUUGGGACAGGCAGGUGAGGGCUAGAACAGAGUGGAGAUGGGUUUUCUUCUGCAAGUAGUAUGUCGUCUAAAACCCACCCUCUGUCCGUGGGCUGCCCUAAAACUAGGAGUUAGUUGCUGUGGGUGCCACCAGUGUUAAGUCCUUUUCUCUUGCCUGGUUUACAUAGAUCUUGCAGAUCUGGGUGCUGGUUUUUGUCUUUUUGUUUUCUUUUAAAGAAGCUUAUUUUUUAAAAUAAUAUAUCCUGCAGUUGUAUUUUUGUUCUGUGCCCCCUAUAAUAUCCCAAGUGAUUCAGGAGCAAAGACUGGGCUAUUGAAGCUCUCACCCCAAAUAGCCAAGCCUGAUGUAAAACUCCCUGCCUGACCCUUUUGCUUCGUGCCCAUUUUAAAGUAUUUCAAAAACUCUCCCUAGAAAUACUUUGCAGGUUUGGCAAAACAUGUAUACAGCCUGACCUGUUUAUUUUUUUAUUUUAUUUAGUGCCAGGAACAAAGCCUCAUUUGAAAGAAAACAAGGUGCAUUUUAUGCCAUAAGUCUCUGUGUUUUCUCCUGUUCUAGAGUCUGAGUUCUGAUUUGAUGGGAAUGAACCAGGGUCAGGUAGGAAAAUGGAAUCCUUAUGAGGAAGAGGGGUUUGGGCUCCCCCCCGGGGAGUACAGGGCUUGCGAGGCCCUGCCUCCAAGUCUAAAGCAAGACAAGGUCCCACUUGAGGACCAGAGCACACAGCAGUACUGAGCCACCACAGCUGAUUUACAUGAAUAAAAGGGAAACAGUUCAGUGUAGACUGGUGCUGUUCAUCGAUCUUUCUGCAGCAGUGGCGCUGUCCUCUUGUCUGCGGGCCAACGCGAACGUGGCACUUUGGGCUGUGAAGCACUAAAAUGCGAGGUUUGGCCAACAGGGAGGGAGUGAAGCUUUCAUUUUAACUUUGGUUACAUGUGUUAGAGACUACCACAUUGGACAGUGCAGGUAGACAGACUGGUUCUAAUCCGAGCCCAGGAACUUAAAUAGCUGUAACCUUACGCAAGUUACUAACAUCUGAGCCUCUGCUCCCCCAAAAGGAAUGGGGAUACAGAGUGUACCUAAAUCAUGUGUUGUGGUAAAGAUUAGUUGAACUCAGGUGUGUUAUGUAAAAGCUCUUAGCACACAGCCCAGCAAAGAUGGAGAGCUGGGGAAAUCCACACUGGCAUACAUGGCCAGACACUACCAGGAGGGACACUUCAGAAGUGUCAACACCCUUCUCCAGGCCCACAUCUGCCUGUUGCUGGUCACAGAUUGGCUUGAAGGUUUCUGUUUUCUGCACUCCUGAAGGUCAAUUUUUUUCUUAUUAACAAAUUGGUGGGCUUGUUUUGUCUAUGAGUAGGGCUAACAUGAUUCAAGUUCAGGAAUACACUUGAGUGUCUGAGCCUCCAGGGUUGGGCCUCACCACCGCCCCCCAGCCCUCUGCUGCACUCAGUACUCUGCUCCACUUGAUGAUCAAGUGCGAGGGGUGGCCCUGAUUAGCCCAAGACAUUUGAUUUUUGAUAAGCACCAGUCUGCUUCAGUAUUGACAGCAAGAUAUUCUUUAUUCUCUCUGGAGACAAAAAGCUGCUCCUCAAAGCAUUGACCCAUGUAGAUUUCUAAGCCCCACCCCAUCAGCCUCCUUAGGCCAAGCAAACGGGACAGGGCAGCAGGACAAGGCUCUGCCCUCAGGGUUCUGUCAGAGGACACCAGCAUUGCCCUAUGGCCUGGAUGGCCUAGCCCCUCCUGCCCACUCUGAUCACUUAUGCUCAGCCUGCACUCUCCUCCAGAGGGCCCUGCCAGCUGCAGGGGAUGAUCUCAGGAAUGAGCUUGUCUUUUGGCCCUACCCUUCCUUGCUGGGUGUUAUUUGCAAUUCAGGGUUCACACAUUUUGUCUUAUCUUCUUUUAACCUUUCUGAUGCCUGUUUUUUUU